CAGGCUGCGUGAGACGGGCGGAGCACAGGGGAUGCGGGGAUGCACUGCAGCGGAGCGGAUCAUCUCGGGGCCCGGACUGUCAAACCUGAGCGUAUGGUCUAUUCUCUCAAUUACAAUCAUCUUCAAGGGUUUAUCUAUCUCUUCGUCAUUGUUUACCAGCACUCGUCUGGCUGGUGGUCAAACAUUUUCAACAAGAUUUUCUCCUUGCAGGUUGAUUGCGCCACUAGCGUAAGGUUUCCUCCUCCUGCCUCCUCUCCUUUCCUUGGUGCUGAUUGACAUUCCUGCAGAUCAAAGAUCGCUUUAAUUUGCUGUUAUGGUAACUCGCAGCUGUGGCAGUUGAGUUGGCGUGCUGUGGGGAAGGAAGGAACCCGGAGUGAAAAGAUAAUGGCCACAGAGCAAUGGGAUCGGUAGUUUACCGCAGCCAUGGCCAGAUCAACAAACAGAAGCGCCAAGGAUGGAGAUUCAAGGGUGUGCGCUCCCACGGACCGAGCAGAGGCUCGGGACCUGAGCGACCCCAGGGAACUGUCUCUUGAAGAAGUGUUGAAAUCCUACGAGCAGCCCAUUAACGAGGAGCAGGCUUGGGCUGUGUGUUAUCAAUGCUGCAGCGGGCUGAGGAUGCCGCGCCCGGCCACUGUGACAGGUGGAGUUUCCCGGGUGAAGGACCCGUCCUCUAUACUCUUACUCAGAGAUGGGAUGGUUUCCCUACAACAACAGCCCUGCAACAACCAUGACACAGACGGACCUCCCCUCCCACCUAUCGCAGAGCGCCAGCUGGUCCAGUCUCUGGGCGUGGCCAUCUACCAGGCCCUGGACUGGGGUCUGGAUGACAGUGAGGAGCGGGAGCUGAGUCCUCAGCUGGAGCGGCUCAUUGAGCGCAUGGCAGGGGGAGAUCACAGCAUGGGGGCUGACUGUGGUGGUGGCAACGGAAUUACAGAUGAGGGCUACAGUGGUCAGGAGGAGGAGGAAGAGGAGGGAGAAGAGGGGUCUAUGAGGCCAGUGGGUACAUUACGCCAGGUGAUGACACUUUGCGCUUCCAGACUGGCCAACCCUGCACUUGCCCCUGAGCACUACCAGGCCGUGUGCCGAGCCUUGUUUGUUGAGACUCUGGAGCUACAAACUUUCCUGACCAAAAUCCGAGAUACCAAGAAGAUGUUGAAGAAGAUCAAGACAGAGGAUCCUCAGGAAGAUAGAGCUGAGAUUGAUGCACUUAAACACACAGACUGGACUCGUCUCUGGGUCCAGUUGAUGAAGGAGCUGAGACAGGGGGUGAAGCUGAAGAAGGUGCAGGACCAGGAGUUUGACCCACUGCCCACUGAGUUCAGCCUCACACCCUUUGAGAUGCUCAUGCAGGACAUCCGCACCCGCAAGUUCCAGCUGCGGAAAGUUAUGGUGGAUGGUGACAUCCCUACGCGGGUGAAGAGAAAUGCCCAUGAGCUUAUUUUGGACUUCAUCAGGUCUCGCCCUCCACUCAAACCAGCGUCAGAGCGAAGCCUGCCCCCCCCUCCUCAGGAGAAGCAGUCCCUCCAUGAACGUGUCUUGGCUGAAAUCAAACAAGAGCGCAAACUGAAACCUGUGGACCCACCCAGCUCCAAAAGAUCGUUUGGCUCCCUGCCCUGUCUGGCACACACUUGCCCGUGUGAUUUCAAAUCUACUUCCUGCAUUGACCUGUCAGGCUCAGAGCCAGGGUCCCGCCCCCCUUCUCGUCUUCGUGUUCUGCUCAAAGCCCCUACUCUUCAAGAGAUGGAGGAGAUGAACAUGUUGGAGGAUGAGGAGUCUCCAGACAGUGGGGAGCUCUGCCGUGCUGAGAGUUUUCCCACAUCUAUGAAACGGGACCGCUCCUUCUCAGAACACGACCUGGCUGAGCUCAGGGGGGAGAUGCUCCCCUCACUGUCCGACUGCACCCAUCUGGAAGGGGCCGUGAUGCGGAGGAGUGAGAGACCAUGGUUACACGUGCUCUCAGGGGCUGGGCCACCCUCCACGCACAGAGCCUCUCUUCCUGUGCCAGGCUGGGUGCCACCCUCCCCUGCCCGUCUCUCUCUCAGCUCAGUGAAUGAGACCACAGAGGGAGCUGAGACCGGCUCCAGUUCUCGGAAUGGCAAUAAACACCAGUGGAUGGAGGAAUUCAGUCACCCAGUGGAGAGUCUUGCCUUAACAGUGGAUGAGGUCAUCAAUGUGCGUCGUGUGCUGGUGAAAGCAGAGAUGGAGAAGUACCUACAGAACAAGGAACUGUAUUACAAUCUGAGGAGAGGCAAGGUGUGCUGUUGCUGCAGAAUUAAGUUCCCCCUCUUUUCCUGGCCAUCCACCUGCCUGCUCUGUAAAAGGUCUGUCUGUGGAUUCUGCAGUGCAAAGAUGAAGAUUCCUUCCAAGAAGAUGGCCCACAUCCCAGUCUACACUGUGGGCUUUCACAGCAGCCCAAAGAGCCAUGGUCGCAAGAGUGAGGUCUACAAAUCUCUGUGUACUCUCUCCCGCCGGUCUGUGGAGGAGGAGUUCCCCCACCUGUACACCAGUGGCUGCAGCCUGCGGGAUGUUUGUGCGGACUGCACCAAGUUUGUGGCUGAUGUCAUCUCGUCCAGCCGCCGGAGCCUGGACAUCCUCAACAACACUCCCAAGAGGGAGAGUGCUAUGCCCAAACCACAACCCCAGCCUCACACAUCACCACAGCCACCCACCUUGAAGAGAAAAGACAAGUGAAUAAAUUGACUGUUGGUUUACCCCGCUUCCUUAGCAGGGUUGCCCCUGUGCUGCACUACUAACCCACUCAAAACACCCCACCAUUCCCCCAGCCUGCAAGUACCCCCUCCCACUGCUGAAGUGCUUGUUAAGGGUUGUUUCUCUGCCUCCUCUGUAGAGGGGUUCAUAGGACGUGGCCUAGGGACAACAUAUAAGUCUGCCUUAUCACACAUAUAUUGACUUCACUCCCUGGUCUAAUGCACAAGCAGAGAGGAAAGGCAAAAUACGAGGGAGGAGGAAAGAGGUGAGAGAGUAAUUGAUGAGGAUGCUCGGAAAGAGGAGAUAUAUUUACUGUAGGAGCCAAGAGUUUAAGGUGUAGGGUAAAUAUUUAGCUCCCUAGUUGCCUUGUUUUAGUUAUGAAUGUAAUAUACUCUUUUAACACCAAAAGAACACAUCUUACAUUGACACACCUUCUCAGAACACUGGAUUUUUUUCUGGAAUGUUAAAAUGACACUAUGGCAGGCUGAAUAGCAGAUAUAUUUAUUUCACUAUAAGUAUUUUUUUAGUUUAGAAUGUGCUUGGAUUAUCUGUGGUCCAACUUGAUGAUGCAUGGUGGCACCGUCUGUCCGACUGUCUGAAUGUAAUUGGGUCCUAGAGGGGUGAAAAUGGUCCUGGAAGGGACCUGUCCCAUUGGCACCAAACUGGACUGGACUCCCAGCCUCCUAUCUCUGCUGCUUUAGAAUGACAUUAAGCCCCCUCUCUCACCCUCGAUGGUCCUGUGCGAUCUGCUCAAAUUUUCGAAACACCCAGUAAACCUCAACUGCAAUAAAUCUAAUGUAAAAAGGAA